GUGAACUACUUUAAUGAGGUCCACGCCGUGUGGGAGCCUCUGAUCGAACGAGUCGAUGCCGGCAGACGCAGGUGGAACCUGGAGCUGGAGAUAAAGAACAACCCGGUCCAGGACAAGAGUCCUGUCCACGGAGACGACUUUGUCAUUCUACCUGAACCUCAAACAGCCAUCAGCAUCUGCUCCAAAGACACGAUGAACAUCACCGUGUCCCAGUGCAGCCUCAACGUCUUUAACCACCUCGCCAAG